CUUGGAUUCUAAGCUCUCUCAGCUGGGGAAUUCCUCAUCUUUCACAACAAUUUCCCAUUGAUUGCAUCAUUUCUAUUGGUUGGAAGAGCACGCACUGAAUUAUUGGCCUCAAAGCUCUAAAUGCAUAUGCUAGAGGAGGUGGUGAAGCCUCAACCAGGGUAAGCCCUUAAUAAUGGAGGCAUCAAAACAAGAACCAAAGGAAAUGAUGAAGCCUCCAAGGCCAUAUGAGAGGAGAAAAUGGACUAAAUUAGACAAAGACAUUGCUUGUUCUCUUUUUCUUGUGCAUCUUCUUUGUAUUUUGGCACCAUUUCAGUUCAAUUGGAGUGCAUUUUGGGUUGCUUUUGUGUUGUAUAUUGUAACCGGUCUUUUUGGAAUGACUCUCUCGUAUCAUAGAAAUCUUGCACAUAAAAGUUUCAAGCUUCCUAAAUGGCUCGAAUACUUGUUUGCUUACUGUGGAGUUCAAGCACUUCAGGGUGACCCAAUGGAUUGGGUGAGUACGCAUAGGUGUCACCAUCAAUUUGUUGAUACUGAAAGAGACCCACAUAGCCCGAUUAGAGGAUUCUGGUUUAGUCAUAUUUUGUGGCUUUUUGAUUCUUAUAAUUUGACUAAAAAAGUUUGUCCAAAGUAUUUUAGUAAUUUUCAAAAGUUAGAAAGAAACAUCUUUGUAUUAUUUUCGAAGCAUGGAAAACCGGAGAAUGUUGCAGACUUGGAGAAGCAAGCCUUUUAUCGGUUCAUUCACCAGACAUAUCUUCUUCAUCCAAUUGUUCUUGCAGUCAUACUAUAUGUUGUUGGAGGAAUCCCUUUUCUCGUAUGGGGAAUGGCUGUGAGGAUCGUAGUGGUCUUACACUUUACACUUAUGGUAAAUUCAGUAUGCCAUAUAUGGGGAAAGCAAUCAUGGACAACUGGUGACAUGUCAAAAAACAAUUGGUGGGUGAGCUUAAUCACAUUUGGAGAAGGAUGGCACAAUAAUCACCAUGCUUUCGAAUAUUCAGCUAAAUUUGGCCUUGAAUGGUGGCAACUUGAUUUUGGUUGGUACAUGAUUUUGUUUCUGCAAGCCAUUGGAGUGGCCACUCAUGUGAAAUUACCCUCUCAAAGUCACAUGCAAAAUGCUACCUCUAGACAAACAAGAAGAUGAAUUUCUAAAAUGAUAUUUCAUAUGGAAACAAUAAUUUAUGCUCCUCUAAAUGUUUGAGAAUAUGGAGUAAGAAAAUGAUGCCCAUAAUUUUUAAUUUUGU